UUGAUGAGUUACCCCGCCACACAGAGCAUCCGCCGCCGUUCAAGCGAAAACCUAAGUAAACUCCGGUGACUGGAACAGUUACAACAGCAACCCCUCUUCUAAUAGAAACCAAACCAAUCCCUCUUAAAGGUUCAAACUUUAAACAAUUGUUGUGCUCUUCCACCCACUGAUUCUGCUACCCUUUGUGCAUUCAUUUACCAUAUUUUUCUUGUCAUUGUUGAAUGGAUACAAGAAAACUAAUACCCCUUUUAAGGGCUUGCGUGAAUUCCAAGUCAUUGAAUCAAGGCAAACUCAUCCAUCAAAAAAUUGUAACUUUUGGUUUGCACAAUGAUAUUUUUCUAUGCAAGAACCUAAUUAGCCUAUAUGUUUCUUGCAAUUUGUAUGAUUAUGCAAAACAUGUUUUUGAUUCAAUUGAAAACCCUUGUGAGAUUUCUUUAUGGAAUGGUCUUAUGGCAGGUUAUACUAAGAAUUAUAUGUAUGUAGAAGCCUUAGAGUUUUUUGAUAAGUUUAUGCAUUAUCCUUACUUGAAACCUGAUAGUUAUACUUACCCUAGUGUUCUUAAGGCUUGCGGCGGGCUUUGUAGGGUUGUCUUGGGAAAAACGAUACAUUCGUGUUUGAUAAAAAGUGGUUUAAUGGGGGAUAUUGUAGUUGGAAGUUCAGUUGUGGGUAUGUAUGCUAAAUGCAAUGCGUUUGAGUAUGCUAUACAGAUAUUCGACGAAAUGCCUGAUAAGGAUGUGGCAUGUUGGAAUACGGUGAUUUCUUGUUAUUAUCAAAGUGGGAAAUUUGAAGAUGCGUUAGGAUACUUUAGCAUGAUGAGAAAAUUUGGAUUUGAGCCUGAUUCAGUUACGAUCACCACUGCUAUUUCGUCGUGUGCGAGGCGGCUUGAUUUGGAUAGAGGAAGGGAGAUUCAUAAGGAGUUGAUUAAUAGUGGGUUUCAGCUUGAUUGUUUUGUUAGUUCUGCUCUUGUUGACAUGUAUGGAAAAUGUGGUCAUUUAAAAAUGGCCAUCGAGGUUUUUGAGCUAAUGCCUAAAAAGACUGUUGUUGCUUGGAAUUCCAUGAUUACAGGAUAUGGUUUUAAAGGUGACUGCUUUUCAUGCAUUCGACUUUUUAACAGGAUGUACAAUGAAGGAGUCAAGCCAACUUUGACUACUUUGAGCAAUAUAAUAAUGGCUUGUUCAAGAUCAGCGCGACUACUAGAGGGAAAGUUUGUUCAUGGAUAUAUAAUACGCAACAGAAUACAGCCUGAUAUUUUUAUUAAUAGCUCGCUCAUGGAUCUAUACUUCAAAUGUGGAAAGGUUGAGUUGGCUGAAAACUUCUUUAAAUUGAUACCGAAGACAACGGCAGUUUCUUGGAAUGUUAUGAUUUCUGGAUAUGUAACUGAAGGGAAAUUUUUUGAAGCCCUUGGCUUCUUCAGUGAAAUGAAAAAGUCAUAUGCUGAACCAGAUGCUAUUACUUUCACCACUGUUUUAACUGCUUGUUCGCAAUUAACAGCACUAGAGAAGGGUAAAGAAAUUCACAAUCUGAUUAUUGAGAGAAAUUUGGGAAACAACGAAGUGGUUAUGGGGGCUCUUCUUGAUAUGUAUGCAAAGUGUGGUGCUGUGGAUGAAGCAUUUGAUGUUUUCAAAUGUUUGCCAGAAAGAGAUCUAGUCUCCUGGACUUCCAUGAUUACUGCUUAUGGGUCUCACGGUCGGGUCUAUAAAGCUUUGGAGCUUUUUUCCGAAAUGCUACAGUCCAAUGUGAAACCUGAUAGAGUUGCUUUUCUUGCCAUAUUAUCUGCUUGUAGCCAUGCUGGGUUGGUUGAUGAUGGAUUUUAUCAUUUCAAUCAAAUGAUCAAUGUUUAUGGUAUUGUACCUAGAGUUGAACAUUAUUCAUGCUUGAUUGCUCUUCUUGGACGUGCUGGAAGAUUGCAUGAAGCGUAUGAGAUUCUACAAAGAAACCCUGAAAUCAGGGAUGACGUUGAGCUGUUAAGCACCUUAUUUUCGGCAUGCCGCAUUCACCGAAAUCUUGAUUUAGGGGUUGAAAUUGCAGAAAAGCUUAUUGACAAGAAUCCUGAUGAUUCAUCAACCUAUAUUAUUUUAUCAAAUAUGUAUGCUUCUUUUGGUAAAUGGGAUGAGGUGAGGAUUGUGAGAUCAAAGAUGAAAGAGCUCGGAUUAAAGAAGAAUCCAGGGUGUAGCUGGAUUGAGAUUAACCAGAAGAUCGAGCCUUUCUUUGUUGAAGACAAUUCACACCAUCAUCUAGAUGUGAUUAAUAAGUGCCUUUCAUAUCUCACUAGUCACAUGGAAGAUGAGUGCAAACAAAUUUAUAUUUAAUUUUGAUGUUAAAGCACAGUGAUUUAACUAUCUCAAAUUAGAAAAUGGGCAUAAGCUUAUCAGAUGGAGAUGAUGAUUAUGCAACAAUGAUUCUUGAUUUCACGAAAGGACACCACCUCGAUGGAUUGGAUUCUGGCCUCUGUGAACUUGAAGGAUCUAACUCAUCAGGAGAAGCUUGCAUUUUUCAAAACACUUAUAAUUCCUAUAUGCUGAAUGAAAAUUUAGAGCAUGGCAUAUCCGAGAAUUAUGAAGUGGCCGCAGUACAAGUGCAGUAGAUUGGACCUAUGUAUUUUUGGUUGAGCAAUGUAUUAAAGCUUGAUUCUUUCUUCUGCUUCUAAUGUGGGUGGAGGCUUGACAUUAAAGGAUACUUUACUGAGGAAAAAGUUGUAUUGGAGGCCACUUGUUCAAUAGAGCAGUUCAUCUUAAGAUUUAGAGCUUGUUUGACCUAAUGAAGUUGAAAAUACUGAUUGAAGCAUCAUCUUAUGUCAAUGGGCAAUAUUCUAUUCUAGCUUGUGUUGCAAAUUGCAAUAAAAAGUGCAAAGGAGGAAAGCUUUUUGAAUAGCCAACAAUUUAGUUAUGCUUUAAAAAUGCUUAAGAAUGAGCAAAAUAAAGUCUACGAAUAAUUUGAUAGAGAUGAUUCUAUACAAGUAUGAGUGGUAGAAUUUGGGGUUUAGUUUAGGAUUUGACUUAUUAGUAUUUGCUAUUUAUAUUGACUUUUAUGCUUUUGAGCUACUUUAAUAAAUAUCCCUUAAUAACUAA